AUGACUAUACCAUGUUGCUUGUACUCUUCAGUCACGCCGCCCACCAUAUCCAAAGCCCUAGCCACCCAUAACUUACUGGAGAUGCUGUCGUUUGAAGAUGUCCUUGCAUUCACCUCACGUGCGUCAGCUCUCAAGCAUGAUAUCAUGCUCCCACAACUCCAGACGACCCCUGACAAUGUCCUGCCCGACAUCCUGCCACUUUCAAUCUGCGAGUUCCUGCAACUGUCUACUGGCUUAACUAUGGAUACUGUCUUAGCAUGUUGGCGUGCAUUCAAAGAGAUUGUAUGGGUCAUGCCUAGCCAUCAUGAGUUGGCUGUGGAGCAUGAGCGAGCAUUUCGUGAGCAUGGACAGCGACUUGGUUUGACAUCUAUCUCACUCUAUCCUCCACAUACACACUGUACACAAUCCAACUGUUCCAUCACCCAGUCGCAGGCGCCACUCAAAAAGGCCAAAUCCCGUCAGGUUGUCCUACACAUACUCCGUGGUGCCAUCCCCACAUGGUCAGUUCACCUUAUAUGUCAUACUUGCAACACCAUAUACAUGAACAACUUUUGUAUCGCCGAAUGCAGACGAUGGUACUAUGGUGGUGUCCCAGAGUAUAUCCAGGUGGCUGAUCACCAUUUUGUCGACUGGCGUCUUGCCAACCUAUGGGUGGAGCUCCACCUAAAGGGCCAUGUAUCUGCGCAGGCAUGCGCAAACAUUUACAACAGCGCUUUGUCAAUGAGGGAGGAGAAUAAGCUUGGGGAUGCAGGCUGGCAGUUUGGGUUUAAACUGAAAAAUGAGCACAUCUGGGAUGCGUUCAUUGUACUUGCGCUCACUGAAGACUGUGCUCGCGGAGUCCCACUUGAUGUACCAAACGAUGGUACCCAGGCGCACAGAUUCUCUGCAGCUAUGCAAGCCCACAACGAGCGCAUCGUCCGUGAGGGGCAGCCAGAACUGCGACACUACUGUGACACCUGCAUGCGGACUUACUGGAACGACGAUGGUAGUGUACGGAAAGUGCAGGUUGUCGUUACAGAUGGCUUGUCCAUGGGUCGCCCAUGCUGCAACAUAUUCCGAUGCCGCAACCCACUUGCCAAUAACCGGUCACGAUUCUGCCGUCAACAUCUCGAUGAGGGUCUUGACAAGGUCUGUGCUAUAGUCGACUGUGAUAUGCCCAUAUCACCGGGAUGGAAGGCAUGCACACUCCCAGCCCACCAGGAAAUGGAAUGCCUUCAUGGUGAGAAGAUGCGUGCCAACUUCCAAGCCGCAAAGCGCCUCCAGAAGAUGCACGCUGCACAACCAAAUGAUGCCAUGGUCGCACAGCAGCUGUCAGAUGCCCUCGAUCUAGAGUUCAAGGACGAGUGGUACACUUUGGACCCGACGACUCAAUCCAUGAAGCUUUUCACCCUCAACAACCUGUCCUCGACUGGUGAACUUGACGCUACCUGUGAUGGCAAAUCCGAGCUUGGCAAUUGCAAGCUCAGAGCCAAGUUUGGUCGUUCUCGGACACACAAUGAGCAGAUCGUUAUUCGUCCGUGCGGGAUAAUUGUAGCACGUGCCACCAUGGUUGCAGCCGAGGCGAUCUCCAAUGUCCUUCAUAUGGUCAAGACUAUGUUUUCUCUCCCUGGAGCCCAGAAACCCGAGCACAUCAUGUACGACAGCAACUGUAACGCCCUUCGUGAAGUCCAGAGUCGCAACGACACCUGGUUUGACAAUGUUGGCAUGUGUGUCAAUGCAUUCCAUUUUCAAACCAAGCACAAAGAGGGUGACGAUUUCUGCCAGACACGAUGCAAUCCUGCACAUUAUCCAGAGCUUCUGAAUGCUGACGGUUCAUGGUUUUUCAACUCCUCGAUUGCGGAAUAG